AUGCUCGCAGACGGGAAAUUGCGGCACUGUUUGAAACCGGGUGCAGAUAGACCUCCACCCAGGGUGCUUCCGACGGGUUUUUUGGGAGCUGCUUUCUCACCAGUGAAGGCCGAUAUUAAUGGCAAUGUUGUCAAAGUUCGUACCCGAUUUGAAAAGGAUCGAAUAGGUCAGCGCUACUUACAAGAUUUGAUUGAUAACGAUCUGAAGGAUCACGGUGGAAAUUUGGGAAUAGCCACAGAAGGUCUUUUGUGGUUGAAAAGAGGGCUUGAGUUUAUGCUGGAAAUGCUCACAUUGAUGGUGCAAGAGUACAGAUCUACAGCGGACAAA